AUGUCUAACUCGAAAACUGUCAACUUAAUUGAUCCUAAUAAUCUUAAAGCGUUAGAAUAUGAUGAAGAACAGUCCCCUUUGAGCGAUUUCAGAGUUCCCUUUCCUCCACAAAUUACCACUAGUGAAUGUAUUACUCUUAAAGAUGGAAAAAUUCCCAUGAAAUCACCAAAUUGCUUUAUCAUCUACAGACGCGCCUUUCAAAAAGAGCUUCGUAAUAGAGGAUGUGUACUUAAGCUAAAUUUGGUCUCGGCGAUGGCGUCGCAAUCCUGGCAACGUGAACCUAUCAAGGUCAAAAAAGCUUACAAGGAAAUGGCUCGUAAGAUCAACAUCGAGUUGGUAGAAAUGCGAGCGAAUAAAGUUAAAAAUGAACGAAAGGCAGUCGUAAAUCUCAAUUCGCCGAAUUCAAGCUCUUCAAUGAAUUCCCCCAAUGUCGAUGCAGCAAAAAAGACGCAGGAAGAAAUUUCCAUUCCAAUUGAUAACGCACCUAUUGAAAAUUCUUCCAUGGCCAUUGAUACUUCAAGUAAGGAGGAUCUUACGGUGCAACAAGCUUCUACGAUGAUUGCCAAUAAUUUUGUUGAGACUUCGGCUUUGGCGCCUUCAAUGAUAAUAGAUAGUUCAUAUGACGAAGAGCUCUUUGAGCCCUUCUCUGAAUAUGAUUGGCCGGCUAGAUUGGCAAAUAUCUGGAAUGAUUAUCCAGAUUCUUCCUCUUAUCAAAUUCAAAACGUUCCGAUUACAGAUUUUAAUAAUCAAUACUCGUUUGAACCUUCUGAUCCAAAUUCUAUGGACUAUCAAUUAUAUUCCACCAUGGACACUACUAUGCAAGUUUUUCCCCAAGAGACGAACGAGUCUCAAUUUAACUAUGAAGAACAGAACUCUGAGACAUUCCUUCAAUCUCCACGUAAUAUUCCAACUAUUUCUUCUGAUAUUUGGCUUUUGGACACUUUAAAUCUCCAAGCACCAAAUUGGAACAAUACUUUUCCAUUUGAUGUGUCUCGAGAUGCUCGAGAAUUUGAAAUCCAGCACAAUUCAAGCAUUAUGCUUCAUCAGCUGGGUUCGUCCUCGUUACAAUGUGAAAAUGACCUUUCUGCGUUGAAUUUCAUCGAAUUCAAUAAGCCUGAAGGGCAAAAAUCUAUGGUAAUUCCUUCUAUUUAUGAAUCUCAUUAA